UUUUAAUAACGAUUUGAACUCAAGGUUGGGUUAACGGUAAAAUCUUUUACUCCAUGGAUUAUUCUGCUCGAGCUUCCUUGUUUAUUUCCGUCACUGCUCUGAGAGGAAAUGUUUCUUUGGAAUUACAAAAUGAUAAUAUUUUGUGAUUUGGGAGAAAUAUAACGCCUUGAAAAAUUAUUCCCGAGGAGACUAAAUUACGUAUAAUCUCCAAGCGAUAAUAGUGACAGAGAUCCGCAAGAUUUUUAUUAGGUUUCAAAUAAUUUCAUAACUGAUUUAUUCUGGGAUGGUUCAUGAAAGCCAAGGGCCUCAUAAAUCAACUCUUAUUGAACAAACUGUAAAAGGAGCCAUAGCAGGUGGAGUCACUGGAGCAAUUGAGAUUUGCAUCACUUUCCCAACUGAAUAUGUAAAGACACAAUUACAACUUGAUGAACGUAUGGGUAGUGCCAGACAGUAUUCGGGGCCCAUCGACUGUGUAAAGAAGACUGUAGGAUCUUAUGGUUUUCGUGGUUUGUAUCGUGGUUUACCUGUCCUCCUAUAUGGUUCAGUUCCCAAGUCGGCUGUUAGAUUUGGAGCAUUUGAAGAGUUUAAACGUCAUAAUUUAUCUCCAGAUGGAACUCUUACAGCUGGAAGGAAACUUUUAUGUGGUUUAGGUGCAGGAGUUUGUGAAGCUAUAAUGGUAGUCACUCCGAUGGAAACAAUUAAAGUGAAAUUUAUUAAUGAUCAAACAUCUAAAAAUCCGCAUUAUCGUGGUUUCUUUCAUGGUUGCAGAUGUAUCAUCAAAGAACAUGGGAUUACUGGUAUGUACAAAGGUGUAACACCAACAAUUCUGAAACAAGGAAGUAAUCAAGCCAUUCGUUUCUUUGUAAUGGAAACUUUGAAAGAUGGUUAUCGACAAUAUCGAGGUGACAAAGCUACUGGACUACCUGUCCCAAAAUUACUAACUGGAUUAUUUGGGAUUGUUGCUGGUGCAGCAUCCGUCUAUGGAAACACACCUCUAGAUGUUGUCAAAACUCGAAUGCAAGGUCUCGAUGCACAUAAGUAUAAAAAUACACUUCAUUGCGCUUGGAAAAUAUGGACUGAAGAAGGCUUUUUUGCUUUCUAUAAAGGUACUGUACCUAGAUUAGGUCGUGUCUGUUUAGAUGUUUGCAUCAGCUUCAUGAUUUAUGAUUCAUUUAUGGAGAGUUUUCACAAAAUAUGGGACACAAAGAAACCUUAAAAUAUUUUCAUAUUUAUACAUUUAUACUAUACUUGGUUGUGACGAAAUUCUUCUCAUUAAAGUUAUAUAUAUUUAUAUAUAUAGAAAACAGUAAUUUCAAUGCACAAUAGUCCAUUCACUUUUUAUUUACAUUUGAAUCUGGUUAAAAAUAUUUGAAUAAAGAAAUAGAUAGAGAAGAAUAAUACACUUAUUGUAUUCACUUACUUAUUUCUGUAUUUAUCCAUCUAUAUUGAUAAACAAAUCAUUCCAAUCUUUAUUUAUAUAUUCUUUAUAUGGUUGUGUUAGUCAUCUUUGGUUGUGCAAUAAUUCAUGCAAAAUCGGUGAUAUGUUAUUGUUCUUUUAAAUUAAAAAAAAAAUAUUGUCAAAUUUAUUUCUGUUUAUCUAUAACCGAUUGUUACAUGUUUUUAUGAGAGAAAAAACUUUACUCUUCUUUUCUAUUUUUUCUUGUUAAUCAUUCUAUCAUUUCUUGUUUGGUUUAUCCCUUUUCUCAGUGGAUUUUUCUUUUAUUUGAAGAAGAAGAAAAUCUGUUGUUCCCUUUUGAAAAAACGUAUUCCAAUUUGAUAAAAUCGAUUUUUAUGAGUUGACUGAUUUUCACUUUGAUUAAAUAUGAUUGGCGUUUUUUGUUGUUGUUGUUGUCGUUGUUGUUGUUGAUCUCUUUCAAUAUGCAUAUCUAUGCCAUUAUUUAUUUUCUCUGUGACCUGUAUUUCGAAUUCAAAAAUAAUAUUGGUUAUUCACUAAAUGAUUAUUAUUAUUGAUGUAUGUAUUUUUACUUAUAAACUCUUCUAAUCAAUGGCAAAUUUCAUAUAAUAAUUGUUUAUUUCAUACAUCGCAUGUCUAAACUUGUUUUACAUAGAGGGUUACUGUUGGA